UUUUCACUCAUUCCACUCUUCUUCUAUCCAUUUUAAUUUUAUUAAAUUCAACUUCACUGUUUAAUGUUGAUCGAGAAUUACUUUAAACAAAAAGCUACAAGUCACAUUAGACGUGAGACGAAGGUAGAACUUUUCGCUUUCUUUUAUGUAAGUACUUUUAAACACAUGUUAUAUACACAUAAUUAUAAUAAAAAAGCAAAAAGACAAGUAUGAAACAUAUGUACACUGAAAGAAAAGUGCUAAAAAAUUUAUUUGUGAGAUAUAAAGUUCAUUCACAGAAAUAAGUUUCACAGAAAUAAACUUUAUAUCACACAAAUAUUUUUUCUCAGUGUACAAUUUUAAUUUCCAUACAUUGGUCGCGAGAGAAAAGCGUUUAGUACAUGUCAUACGUGAAAUACUAUGCAUGCUGCACACAAGCGUGCACCGAUUGUGUGUACCCACUCGUGCCGCAAACGUCAAUUUAUUAGCUAUUCCGCAAUAUUAAGGAAAACGUGCAGCAGCUCGUUAUUGCGCUUACAGUCGGAGCAAUCUGACCUAAUAUCGGGCCAAUGCGAACUCCACCGGCGGAAUUGCCUUCGAAAUACCAGAGCAGCUGUGCGGCAUUGUUAUACCGGCAUUAGAGUUCGUACUUUCUCGCGACGCGAAACGAGCGGCAACGUGCAUCGUCGCGCUUCCGUUCUCUCCCUCUCGUUAGCUUAACGAGCGCGAGACUUGUUAAGUACGUAACUCGCCCCGCGAUCGUAUGACUUCCGUGACCUGAGCUCGUUUAUCGAAAGGGAAUAAAAUUCGCGAGUCCUUUGACACGUGCGCGAGCGUAGGCGCGUGCGAGCGCUGCGCCGCGCCGCGUCGCGCCGGCGUUUUCUUCCCGUAGCACGGCUCCGACGUGCCUUCAGUCGCGUCCCGCGCGUCGUACGAGCGAGUGCGUGUGCUUUCGCUCGCAUCCACUACCGUUGAGAAAACCUCACCCACCUUGCGUUAUCUUCGCUCCCCUGACGUUAUUCCCGUUGCACCGCUUUCGCACCCCCCGUGUCACGUAGCGUCCGUCGACGGCAUCAAUGAGAGUUCGAGGGCGAAGGGACGAACGAAACGCGAAAUAAAGCAUGAGACGCGUCAUCAAGUAGCCUCGGCGGCAGGCCGGAAACGUCACAGGAAAGGACGGAAUUGUCGAUUUUCAGGAGAUAUCCGUCGGACAUCGCCGACGUUGAUGAUCGCGAUGUCGCUCGUCGAGAGAGCGGAGUCGAUCGGCCGGCCGGUCGCUUCACGUUUCGCGCCCCGUGUCGACGGACAGUGUUCUCGCGGUGAUAUUCGUGGGUAGACGUCGCUCAGUCGCGUCGCUCCGGCCCACAGACGUGGUGAAUUCGCCCGUGAAGCCGCGACGAAGGAGACGCACGCAUUGCGCCGAUGAUCCCGUAGACGUCUCUCGCUUUUAGAUAGACCUGCUACUUGGAGGGUAGUAGCGUGUAACCUGUUGCGGAAUGCGAUAAUCGGAAGGCUGUUAAUGCCCGUGAGAGAUCGUUCCUCUGCACCGCCGCUUCACGUAAGGGUUGUUGCACCAUCUUCCGGUGAUCCUCCACGGGCGAACGGCGCUAGCGCCUUUCGCCGCUAACACGAUUUCCCGGGUGUAACAUGUAAAAUAAGCACAUUAAUCCUUCAGCGACGGCGUUGUAACACUAAUGCCGUUGUCGCGGGGCUUUGCCCCUUGAGGAUUCUGAGCGUUAGGUUUAAUUGUCGCGACGUCCCGCUCGGGAGAGACUCAUCUAAGUUGUGAACUCGUUAGCCGCAGUUGGAUUUGAAAAAUUGCGCGAUCGCGUCGUUUCAUAAUUGUAUUCAUAUGAUAAACAUGUAAUCUGAGUGAUCAAAUGAUACGUUCGCAUCGAUGAUAGUAUUCUCUUAUCAGCGUACUUCAAGUCACGAUGAGAUUGAGAGAUUAAUUGCGUGGGAUUUUCAAUUCUUACUUCAUUAGUUAAUGUUAUUUUUCAUGGGAGUUUCUGGAGUCAAAAUUUUUGCUCUACUUUGGACUUGAACUUGAACUGAACUUACUAACAUCUGUAAAUUCUGAGGGAUCAGAGUAUGUGUACAUUAAGAAAAUAUUUGUAGACUCUAGAGAGGAGCUCUCGACGAAAUAAGUGGGUCAGAUAGAAUCAAAGAAAAGAGGUUGUUGUAGACUUCAGAGUAUCAAAAUAAACGUCAAAUUGAACAUUGAGAUGAAAAAUAGAGUCAACAUUUCAACUUGAGUUUGCUUUAUUUUUUUUCCGGAUUUACAUGAAACGAUAAAUUAUCAAUAUUUGAGAUGCUUUUUGUGUCGUUUUUAGCUAAAAAAAUUUUAGAGAAUAAAGUUCUAGAGAUUGGUGAAUUUUUGAGAGUUACUUUAUCGUACGUGAUCAAGUCAAGUUUUGUCCCUUCUCUGUUCUUAAACUGAAUUUAUCGUCGGGCUCUUUCUUUUUUAAAUGUCGAUGAUAAAUUUGGAGACCAAUCGUAAAUUCAGAUUCAAAACAAAAGACGAAUAAUCCGUGGCAAACAAUUUGAUUUUAAAGUCUGCGCGAUAUCCAAGUUGUCUUCGCUUAUUUUCCCGAACAGAACAAGUGCAUAUACAUAUAUACAUGGGUUUUUCUCCUUUAUAUCCGUGUUUGUAUCUACAUAGUAAUUUCACGUACAAUCACACUCUCUCGACAAUAGAAUAAAAACGCGAAUACGUAAGUGCUUUCUUUUUAUUUCCCUGUACUUUUUAUGCUUGUUCAUAGAAAUGCUUAUUUGCUUUCCCUCGACCGCGGAAACGAUUACGUUUUUUUCGAAUUUGUAUAUUUCGGGUACUUGCUGAGAACGCGGAAAUUGAAGCGCGACAUACGCGUGAAAUUAAAAGGAAAAAUUAAAAGGUAAGAGAAGGGCGAAAGCUUAAAAAACGCUGUUGCACCUCGCUUUGAGAGAGUCUCCUCGCGUGAUGUAAUAAUAAUCUCACCUAAAUCGCUCCGACUAACGACUGCGUUACGCAAUUAGUCCCCAGCAUCGAUAGCAUGUUUUUCUUUGAACGCGUAGGUGCAGUGUAUCAUAAGUUACUCGCGGGAGAUCAAAGAGAAGCCAUCCAUCGGCGGUAUUAUCUUUUUAGAAUCAGCAGCUCUCGUAACACCUCGCAACACUCUUUGCUUACUUGCACACUUGCAAAUAGAAGAAGCUAACAUAUGCCCAACAAGCCAAGCUACAUUCCGAUAUCCGAUAUCUCAAAGAAGCUUGACCGAAAUUUGCACUUCUCGUUAAUAGACUCUCUAACUAAAAGCCGUAAUAUGAUGAAGGCUGUUGUUGCUAUAACUAGUAUGCGGACGGAGUAUUAGAGAAGGACGUAGUUCACUUUUAUCACCUGAUAUUCGUCGUUUCUUUGUGAAAUAAAAAAAGAACACGUAUUAUCUCAUCUUUCGCCAGUGAUUUCUCUUAUAAUUUCUCCUCGAAUAAUCUUAUCCAGGUACACGUAAAAUCACACAAAAAAAGAAAAGUAUCUUUACGUUUUUUAAAUCUAUAUGUUUUACAAUAUAGUAUUUGAUUAUAACGUUUCUGUUAUUUCGCGAAACUGAAUCGCACUGCUGUAUACAAAUAAACAAAUAGAAAUAUAUCGUCGAACACACAGAGGCAUGCCGGUGAGACUCCAACUGGGAUAAAGCGAUCGUUUCAAUGAACCCCGCGGAAAAUAUUGGCCGCGGUUUCUGCGAGAGAGAUGUUACGACUACUCCUGAAAAUUCGCUGUCAGUGUCAGACGCGUUCAGGCAUUCGCGGUGUACACAACGGCGCGUCGUCACAGGAUUUUCACUCUUUUUCCCCACAGAAAUACCACCGCGAGCGGACAAUCUUGUUGAAAAAUAAGUCACUCCUACGCAAAAGAAAUAUUUCCCUCGUUCCUUUCUCCGCGUACUUUCUCUCUUUCAAAACAGAGCCGCGCGUGAUAAAAUAUUGCGGCGGGGAGCUGCGGAGAGAGUGCCGGUAAUCCCGCGGCAUGAACGGAUAAUCCUGUUGCACGCGGAUCGAUCUGACUGGCUGUAUGAAACCUCGAAUGCGCGAGUCGAGCUGUCGAGUCGUUGGCGGACACUAAGCCCGUGUGUGUUGUCAGGAUAUGUCAAUCGACUUGUAUCCUGACAUACAAGUAUCGCUGCCAUUAAAUUAAUCCUGUGUCGCCGAGUUCGUAAUUUUUCUCGACUACGUUGGACCUAAGAUGUCGAAGGACAGUUUAACGUAGUUAGUUUACCGUAAAAGCUCUCGCGCACUGACGUCGAUUUAGGUGAAUUUGUUGCGACGAAUUUUCUCGACUAUUUCGUAUUCGGUUGUGUCUUGUGCGAUUUUUUUCUUUUUUCAACAACGAGUUCGUAACUUUUUAGGAGAAACAGCGAACGAAGUUUAACGUAACGACAUGAUGCGGUACAAUCGGACACGUUGAUUGGAGUACGGAAUGUAAUUACUCGCGCGUAGGUUUUCCACGUAGAAGGUAGAAAAGUCCAUUGAAAAUUUUUCAGAGAAUCCAUCAUGAAGAUUAAGAAUAUCGUUGGUCAAUGGCUGAGGGAAUGUUCGAUAUAGAGUCGCAUUUUCCAAGCUCUUGGUAACCUAAAUAACAAUGAAAUCAUGUUUGUCUUGAUUUUUCCUUCAAAUUAAAUUAAGACAGACAUUCAAUUUAAUUCUUUCGUACCUAUUUAUGAAAAAAAAUCAUAAUUUUAAGACAAAUAGUCCUUUCGAUGUCUGCUUUGACUUAUUUAAAAGAAGAUUAAAAAUGUAAAAAAUUAGCAUACUUUUAAAUUUAAUAUAUAAUAUAUAUUAAAUUUAAUAUAUUCGACAAAAUAUAAUUAUCGAAAUUAAAAAAAAAAUCCAAUUUUUAGCUAGCAUACUAGCAACGUUUCCUCAGACAUUUCUCUGUCUCAUUCAGCGAAUUUAAAGAAGAGAGAAUCGCAUUUUAUUGGUAAAUAAAAGACUGUUACCUAUAAAAGUUAUAUAACUACAUAAAUAUAUCGACAUGAUCAUCAAUAAUAUGUACAAAAUAGUAGAUUUUGACCUGUAAUCGAAAAUGUGUUCAGAAGUUCCUCGUAGUUAUUGUCUAAAAUCUAUUAUCUUAAAUUUAGAUUUUUUAUAUUCCAUUUGUAAUUAGUGUGAUCAGAAAUAAACCUAAUUCAAACCUAAUUCAAACAUAUUUUUAAUAUAUCAAUAUUUACGUUUUUCAUAUGAAUUUAACCAUCUUAAUGUGAAACAUCUUUUCUGAGAAAGCUGGAAAGGGUUAACUGUUAAUUAGCUUAUCAAAAAAUCAGAAAAAUCAGCGCAUAAAGCGUGAUGAUGGAAAUCCGUCGACAAAGAAACUUCAAAAUGAUUAAUUUUACGCCCGCGAACAUCUCAUAAAAUCAGCGACGAAAUUUAGUUUGUCACUUUGCGUUUUCGUGAUAUCGCCUCCGUGAUAUCACGGGCCGAAAGUCGGUGUGUCAUAUCAAUAUUAUUUUAUCUAUGUUACUACUUGACGUUAACUACAACGUGGCCAGUCGAGAAAUUAUGUUCGACAAAAUGUAAUUAGUUUAACGUCUCGUUGAACGUCACGAUUAAAAUUAAUCUGUCGCCGGAUGAUCAUGCGUCACUUUGGUGCGUGAAGUGUAGGAAGCGAAGCAGCUGUGACGACGAGUUUUCCGACUUCGUCGCAAAUACCCCGCGUUUAUUCAUCUAGCAACGAAAACAUAGCGAUUCGUUCGGAGAAAACUGAUCUCAGAGAUCGUGUUCUCACCAUUCGCGAUCUCUCUGACUCGGAUGCGCGGGAUAUUUCGAAGAGUCGUCAUACAUUCUAGAACUGACCGCGUUAAGCUUCCAUCUAGCAGCAGACUUACUGUUAUCACACGAACAUUACACGUGUAUUACGAGAGCAGCGUAACAAUGAGUUCGACACGAGCCGCAUUUAGCUGCAGCGGUAAGCGUUUGGUACCGUUGCACGAUUUCGGCAGCUAUUUCCACCGUACGCGCGUGCAGAUCUAUUCUUCGGGUGGGUUUCCGGUGGUAGAAUGUACCAUCGAUUCAAGAAUUCCAUUUCGACACGCGUUUUCCGUUUCAAUUCACUUGAGAAUCGACAAAAGCUUCUCUCUCAGUCUUUCUCUCUUUUUCCGUUUCGAGGUACCACUUCCAAUCGUACCACGCGUUCUCACAAAUUAUUAAGGCACAUAAAAGUCAUAUUAGCGGCGAACAUUCGUGCCAAGGAAUAAUAAUAACUUCUAUUUCCGUGGGGCGCGCAUACUGAGUCGCGCGAUCCUCCCGUCAGAGAACGAUGUGAUGGAAAGAAGGAGAGAGAGAAAGGAAGGAAAGGAACUCGAUGGGGAGAGGCCGGUCGGAAAAUUAUUUUCAGCCCCCGAGAAGAUUAAUUAGAGUAGUAAGCCACGUCAGGGGCAAAUGACUCCUUCUUCAUUCGGGAAAACCCUCGAUAUUAGAACUUCGCAGAACGUUGAGUCUGGCGUGUGAUGGCCACUGUAUAUCGAUGCGCACUAUAUAACGCAAGUACAAUAAAUUAUCGCAAGGCAUAAGAUGAUUUGUAAACUAUGUAAAAUGACCUUGAAAUUACAUUUCAUUUAGAUAAAUGCCGCAUGAAAUUUAUAGUCGGUUGCAUAUCGGGUUGCACACUUUUUAUUAAAUAAUAAUAAUUUCGCAAUUUUUGUCUCAAAACUCGGGAGUAACAGCUUGUUAGUAAUGCACGUGUUCGAUAAAAAGCCAUCGAUAAAAAGCAAUAUAUUCGAUACUCCGAACUAUUCGAUGCGAAAACGCUCGUUGAAAAAAUCCCCCGCGAAAUACAACCUACGCCGGCAUAUUUGAACGAUGUCGGGCGUUUCGUGAUUCCACUUUCAACUAUUUUCGAAACAAUGCGAGCACACGUAUUAAUUCGCGUCGGAAAUAUUUCGGGACGUAUCGCUGUUUCGGGGCACCGAAGUUUGAUACGAGCGAAUAAUCGAAACAAACGGUAAACGGAAAUAAACGAAUCUUCUUCGGGAAAUUUACUCGCAGAAUAUAAAAUAGUGACGUCGCGUGGGGAAUAGGAAAGGGAGGGAGUGGUUCGUGAUUAAUUAGGCGGCCAACUACGCGCCACUGUCUGACAGUUUUCUCGUAGUCGAAACGGAACAGCCUGUCGGACAACUAAACCACUUAAUCAAACGACACUCCGCGGGCGACAUAUCGACUUGAGCAGGUGUAGUCUACAAUCCUUGACAUUAUGGUACACAUUAUGGUACAUCUACUUCUCUCUUUCAGCCCACACAUCAGAGUAUUCAUUUACGUUUGCCCGUAAUUUCGAUGUUUGUUCGAUUGAUUUCACAGAAGCUCCUCUCGGGAGCUUCGCGCUCUGGGAAAACGCUGGGAAAGUUCAGUAUUUGUCGCGUCGAGUCGAGCGGAACUAUUCACACAGAGCCGCCACACACAGAUCUCCACGAGAUAGAUUUUAUCGACUUUCUUUCAUCACUGUCUUACGCAAACAACGUAACACGUUCGUUAACGCCGCUCGACUAAUUUCUUGGGAAUUUGUCGUGGCGUGCCAACAGCUUUUCGCCGGAAAACGACAGGAAAAUUCACUCUUUCGUCGCGUGAAACGAAGCGAUCUACACACGAGCAACUACUCUGCCGAGUAGAGUUUCAUUAGCUCACUCACGACGCGCAGAUGAUAAAAUUAUAGGAGAUGGUGAGGAGGAUUUAUGUUCCAUCUGUCAGAGCGAUACUUGGCGGCGUAAGACUCCGCUUAGCUUCCCGUCACUGCACAAUGGCUGUUUGUCUACUUGUCAGCCAGUGUGUUGUGCUAGUAAUAUACUCGGUAAUUCAUCCCGACACGAUCGAAAUAUGUAUCGUCGGGCAUGCCAAGAUCUUCCGCGAGAAGUGCCGGGCACCGAAACAAGCCAAUGUUUGUUCGCGCGCGAACGAGACCCGCGGAUAAUUUCGCGCGCGUGAAUGAGCGACACCGAGACUCCUCUAUUUCAAGUGGUAGCUGGCGAGUCGGAACGAAAAGUGAAAACCGGAGUCAUAAUUCUUCCUUCGUUGGCGGCUACUCCUGAGAGGGCGAAAAGCGUCGCGGCGCGAAGAAACUCUCGACGAACAUAACGGGACGACUCGAGUCCUCGAUAUCGAUUCGUUCGUCUAUUUUUCUUGGCUGCGCUAACUUCGCGGAAGCUUGGCGAUACUAUCGGUGCAAUGAGAAAUUUGUCUUCGCCGUUUAGUACGUCGCUGUGUUUUUGUACGAUCUGAAUAAUUAAGAUCCUGCUACUCAGACAGAACGACUCCUAACGCAUUACUGUAGUGCGGUGCCGAGUUUGCGUUAACUUUCAUACAUCACGUUAUCGCGAGCGUUUACUUAUAGCGUACAUUACGAUUUUGGAUUGCGCUGUGAUUUAUCGCAACAGUCGCAGCGCUUCUAAUUUGCUUAGUCUGUUUUGCUAAGAGAAUCUUUGAAUGAUAUAUUGGUUGUAUUGUGCAUACUUCAAAAAUAACGAAAAUAUUUGGGAGAAGUUGAAGAUUAAUUUAUGUUGCAUCUAAAAAUAAUUAUUCGAUUAUUAUAAUUUGUAAUUCAUUAUAUUUAUUAUUUUAUCUUACUUAUUAUAAUAUUAUUUAUAAAAUUAUUUUACAAGUAAUUAUUAUUACUUGUAAUUCAGAGUUUGUAUAAAAAAGAAAAACUAUUUUACUUUGAAGUGUAAGUUCAGCAAACAUCAUGAUGUCAAAUGAAAUUUCAUGUGUGUCUAUCACGUCUAAACAGAAUAAUUUGACAGCAGUGAACGUAACUGUGCACAAGUGAAAACCCGUGCAGUUCUAUAUGCAUGUUUCUCCUUGUCUCAGAGAAAAACAUGUUCGAACUGAGUUGUUCGAGUAUUCCUAGUGAGUCAACCAAGCGAGUCGCGAACGAACGAAAAACAGGUUUUAUCAUUGAUGAAGAAACUGGGGAUGUUUAUACACGUGGCUGUCAUUGCCUCGUUGUAGGAUAAAACGUUAAAAAAAGAGAAAAGAUCCGAGUCAAGUCACCGUUAUAAGAAGAAUCGGAGGCCACUCCUCGUGGCAAAGGAGUCGUGUGCUUGCGGAAAUGAAUCGACGGACACUUAACCGGUAGUCGUCGUCGGGAAUCAUGAGUCUUCCACGGGGAGCAAAAAUCACGGGGAGCGGCUAGUCGCGACCGCGGAUGUCGAUCGGAACGAACAUGUUCGGGAUCGAUGUGGACCGGACAGGCGACAAUCGCAACCAUACGGUCCUCGUCGACCUAGAGCACGACGCUGGCACGAGGAACUUCACCGACGAACUCUACCUCUUGCCAGAUUACAUCAAUGUCACGCUGCUGGACACCAACACGACGGAGGAGAUUGACUCGUUUUACUUCUACGAGACGGAGCAGUUCACGGUACUAUGGUUACUGUUUGCUGUAAUAGUUGCCGGUAAUACCGCCGUCCUCGCCGGUCUGUUGCUGGGAAAGCGCAGAAAAUCCCGAAUGGAUUUUUUCAUCAAGCAACUAGCGUUUGCGGAUUUGCUCGUCGGCCUGAUAUCCGUACUAACGGACAUAGUCUGGAGAACGACGGUCACCUGGCAUGCGGGCAAUGUGGCUUGCAAGCUGAUAAGAUUCAUGCAGGCCGUAGUGACAUAUAGCUCGACCUACGUCCUCGUGGCGUUGUCAAUCGACAGAUACGACGCUAUUACGCGUCCAAUGAACUUCUCUGGCAGCUGGUGGAGAGCUCGAGCUCUGGUAGCUGCGGCUUGGGGUCUGUCGGUAUUAUUCAGCGUGCCGAUUAUAUUUCUAUACGAAGAGAAACGAAUACAGGGCACGAUGCAGUGCUGGAUCGAUUUGGGCUCGCCGACCCAAUGGAGAAUCUACAUGAGUCUGGUGAGCUUCAGUCUCUUUAUAGCGCCCACUUUGAUAAUAGGAGGGUGUUACAUGGUCAUCGUGGCCACGAUAUGGUCGCAAGGAGGAGCGCUACGUCAGGGACCUACCAGGGAUACGAGGAGAGCGUCCUCGAGGGGUCUUAUUCCCAGGGCGAAAAUCAAAACAGUGAAGAUGACCUUCGUCAUAGUAUUCGUAUUCAUUCUUUGCUGGAGCCCAUACAUAGUCUUCGAUCUCCUCCAGGUUUAUGGGCACGUGCCAAAGACGCAGACGAAUAUCGCGGUCGCAACCUUCAUACAGAGCUUAACACCGCUCAAUUCGGCUGCUAAUCCGAUUAUCUAUUGUCUCUUCAGCACGCCGUUUUGUAAAACCGUACGGAACAUGCAGGCAAUCUCCUGGAUUUCGGGAUGGUGUCCCGCGAAUCCGCAUCACUGCUUUGGUACCGGAACCACGAGUAAUAGCACGAGGACGACCGUGACGACGUCUCUGACGGCUCAUUCUUCCCGCAGGAGCGGGCACUUCACAAUGCUACAUACUACGUCGCGGAAACGCGUCAUGGUUUCCUUAGUCUAAAGACCGUGUUCUUCGAAAGAUAGAACGAAAUUUUCUUGCAAAUACCUUAAAGUUCGAAAUUCGAAGUUUCGAAUUGCGGCCAAUAAUUUGUCUGACUGUCUUCAGUUUGUCUUUAUUUCUCUCUUUAACUUAAAUAUUUAUAAUCUCUCGUCCUUAUACUCGAAGUACAAUGACCAUGACAUACGUACGAUCUCAUAAUGUGAAGUUUCGUAUAGCUUUAUUUGGUAGUUCCUUCUAGUGUGAAUAUUAACAAAAAAAAAAAAAAAAAACUGAUUGAAAGCCAAAAUUAUACUGUACUGUCGUCUAACUAAUUAGAAGCGUCACCAGUCGUCUUAUUUCAAUACGAAUAUUUUCCAUCGCAAUGUUAUCUGCGAUGGAUUUCGUAUGACUUUCUCACACCGUCCAGUAACAAAGGAUCGCUAUCGCGAGAUCCUUUCUUAUUAUAUAAGUUAAUUAACGAGGUAUUACUUGUACGGCGUACAUUAUCUUAUCUAACGUCGUAAACUCGUGCAGUGAUCUCAACAUCAUAUAAAUUGCUCGAAAAAUAUUUUCUCACUCUGAGACAAUGACGUAAAGGAUGCCAAUGAUUUUAUAUAUCAGUGAGGAAAAGCAAACUGAUCGUCAUUGUUUUAUUAGUGAUGCAAUCUGAUAUCCUAAAACUUUUGUAUAUAACACUACUCCAGUUUCUUUACUAUCUUUCCACUUGAGUAUAUAUAUGUGUAUCUAUAUCUGAGAAGCGAAAGAAUACAAAUCGAAAAAAUUUUUUCUUGAAAAAAGGGCUAUAAAAUUUCAAAAAUAUAAAUACACAAUCUCGAAAUAGAUUAAAUAUAUCUAUAAUUACGUGUAAUAAAUUUAUGAACUUAUCGUUUUCAAGUACUUCUGUUUUAUUUUAUAUUUAUUUAUGCCUUUUUGUACAACAAUCAUAUCUAGAGAGAAAAGUUUAAGUUUUCCUUGAUUACAAUAUAAGUAUACCAAAACCAAUGAGUUUACACUUAUUUUUUUCUACUACUCAGAUAUAGAAAUUAGACAUAAGAGAAUUGCGUAAGUCAGACAAAAUAGUCACAAGAUAGUACUUAAUCGAAAAUAAUUGUGUGCACACCGAUAUUAUCAGUAUUAAAGGGGACAUUGGGAAAGCGAUUAUAAUGUAUGUUUUCUGUUACUCUCUUGCGCGAUAAUUAUUAGUUAGUAUUUUGGGCUCGAUCGAUCGUUAAAGAUACCUUUUAUCCACGACUUUUAUCUCGACUUUUAUACUUAAAUUACUUGUCAGGGUAUUUUCACAGGGUAACUUAGAAUCUCAGUACUGCGGAACAGUGAUUUGUGGGGAACUGUCGCAAUUUGCGAGAAGAAAAUAAAUCUUAUCUCUUGAUGUUAUCUCACUUAAUGUUCUUUGAAUUCUUGAUUAAAGUCGUCAAAUAUGGGGAUUUCACGUAGUAAUAUGUGCAUUAUGUACCACGUAUGAGACUUUCUUUUAAUAGUAACAUAUGAUUUACGCAGGCUUGUUUUUUCAUAAAAAAAACUCAAAAAUUUAUUUGCCAAAUUAACCGGGACAAGAGGUAUCCAACUAUAGCUAUCGAACAGCCUAUGUGGAAAAUAAUACGCUCAAAGUAUACAUGUACAUAUGCAUACAUAUGUAUAAUACAAAGAGACAAACGAGAAAAUUUUGCCGCGUGUGUACAUAUACGUAAUAAUACGUGCGUAACGAUAUAUGUAAUAUAUUAAUGUGUAACAUAUUCCCUCCGCACUUUCAUGGGUGAUGUGACCAUCAUGUCGCGAUGUCCUACGAUCUGCGUGUGAUCUAUAUGCGUUGUGAUUUACACGGAGAUCGAUGAUUGAUUUCACGAUAAUGUUAUCGAAUCUCGUCUAUGACCAGACAGCACAAAACGUCCCAGAAUCCUAAAUGUAUCCAGGACGAAGACUGCUUUAGGAACAAUGCAAAAUACAUCCAGGAUAAUCUCAGGAUAUUCUGUGCUAUCUGAGUAAGUAGUGAAAGAAAAAAAAAAAUUUGUAUAAGUAAACUAUUUAUGAUAAAUAAAUACGUAAAUAAGCGAGAGCAGGAGAAAGAGGAAGAAAAGAAGAAUACACGAGUGUCUGGAUACGCAUGAACGUCCUUCGCAAAAUUAUGUUCCUGCUACUCGAUCCGUCGUAAAGGAUCACGCGUGUAUGAGUGUAAUAUGUCUGUUCGAUCAUCAGUGUCUUAAUAAUGCAUUCAGGGUGAAUCUAAAAAAUUUCGACGAAAUCGAGAAACGCGUGGCGCAAUCCGCGAGUAUCAGAAUCAUCGUGGACGAUCUGUUACGUAGCUACUUCCGAUUAGAUUGCAGGGAGUAAGUGUAAUUUAUUAGUAGCGUCUGUGUGAACGUAAUUUUACACGCAAUUCAUUAAUGUUUGUCCAGUCAUUCAGGUGAUCGCAGAGUUAUUUUAUUAUUUCAAGAUAUCGUGGAGGUAAAUAUUUGUUGCGUUGUUUGUAAACAACUUAUUAUUAUUUUCCACGAAGACUGAUUUUCCUAAAGAAGCAGAGUUUGUUGCACCUUCUUGUCACUUUGUCGCUCGACGGUUCGUGCUUUAAUCGAUAUGCAUGUAGCAUAUAAAGCUUUAUAUUUAAUAUGCACGAUAACACACGUUGUAUCUGAUUUAUCGUGCAAACUUUCGUAGAUAUAUUUUGCCUACCUCUCUUUUUAUCGUCGUUAAUUUAUCGUCGUUUUUUCAAAUAAGUUUCCAAAAAACUUCAGCCAUUGGUCAUGUUUUACAGCUAAGACUUUCAUACUAAUGCGCGAAUGAUACGUACAAUAAGUACAACGAUAUAUAUGUAAUUUCAAGCCGUGCAAAAUGUAGAUUAGUACAUAUUUGUAAUUCUAUUAUUGUAUCGUACCGUAUAAAUUGAAGGUGAUCAAAAUUAUUCUGAAAUUAUGUGAUGUAACAUUAUGCGCGCAUCGAUAAUGAGUACUAUUUGUAGAUAAAAAUGAAUAAACCUAUAAAUUAUUUAAUGCAAUCUUUAA